UUAGGGGAAUCCCCUUGGAAAUUUCGACGAUUUUGGAAUAUUUUGUGUUCUUUCUUGCUCCGCGUAGGUUAUAAAGUAGAGUUGAUCCAGUUUUUAUACCAGGCGAGACAAGGAUAUCGAGCACUAUCAUGGCAAGUUCAACUCUCCGACAACAACAGACAUCGCAACGUUACAGAUAUGACUUCUGUGUGGUGUAUUACAACACGGAUCAAGUAAGGGGGAACCCAGAUUACGAGGACGGAAGUAAGAGCUUAAAGUUUGUUAAAACAUUAGUGAAACUCUUAGAAAAGAUCACAUGGCCUUAUGGUAAUAAUGCAAGAAAGCUCAGAGGCUACUAUGCAGAUCGUGAUUUGCUCCCUGGGCGGAUGAUCAUAAAUGAACAUUUUCAAGUCCUGGGGGAGUCCCGCUACACGAUCGUUGUUUUGAGUCCAGCCUUCAUUCGAGAUUGUUGGUCAGAAUACGUCGCCCAGUCUGCAUUCCGGGAGUUGAUCGAUACGUCACGCUUUGUGCCCCUUGCCGUCCAUGGCGUUCAACCCACCGAUAGCGGCAUCCCGAAACAGCUGAAUGUCGCAUCCAUAGUAUAUUUCCGCCAAGGAGAAAGCCCUGAAGAAGAUGAGAGCGCCUGGUCCAAGGUUAAGAAAACUGUGCUGUGUGAAAAUCCACGACAGAGAGACUUAGAUGAACAAGUAGGAGCUAGUGGGCCGAUAGUGCCAGACAGUGGAGGCUCUGCUUCAGUUUACAGCAACAUACCUAAUGAAGAGGUGGCAGGUGGGUGUGGCUACCAGCAAAGACCACGUGACAGUUCUGACUCCUCUCGCUUUGAUCCUGUUUCCAUGGGGGACACUGCCCCAUUACCUGGACACCAACGGGGCAAUAACUUCCGAAAUGGUCCAUCUACUCCAGACGUGGAAGACCAGGGUGAGGGGUACACAGACAGCUACCAGUCCGUACAUCCUAGCCCUACCCAUCAUGGCAACAACCUUGACCCUGCACCCAGUUUGUCUUACUCUGCUCGAUCACCUCUUAGUGUGAGAGAUGUGUCACUUCCCACGUUGGAUGUACCCCCUACCUACUCCUUGGGCGAUCUAGAAGAUGACCUUGCCAGUGCCCAGAUAAGUGCACAAUCUGACAAUCUGGGGAAUGAUGCUGACAAUCAAGGGCAAGUCCCAGGCAACGAUGUUUCAGAAGAUGAGCCAGUGCCAAUUGAUUGCGUUAGAGGAGAUCCAGGGGCACAGUUGGGAAGCAAUCAUCCACAAAACACACCCGAGGCUGCUGCUGAUAAUGAGAAUGCGCAGAAUGAACCUUCUUCGCCAGAACAGACGAUCCCACCAGGCCACAUUCCCAUGUCUUUGAACCUGCAGGCAGGCGAAGACAGCUCUGAAUUCAACACACGUGAGACCUCAGCACCAAGAGACAUGGGGCAACUGUUACGUGAAAUCCCACAAGCAGAACCCCAAUCAAACCCUGGAAGUAUUGACAUGACUGUAGUGAAGAGCCCGCCACCUGUUCCAGAAGAAUGGACUGCUAAGGCGGAGGAGGAUGGACAUCAGGGUGGGAGUGGAGAGCUGCCAGAGGGGGGCGGGGCUGAAGGAGAUGCAGUGCAGGGCAGUGUACAUGUCACCAUGCGAUGGAACCCAUUACAAGGAAUACGAAAUACUUUACGCUCAAUAAGUCAGUCCUUGAGUGAUAAUCUAGGGCUUUGAGAAAGCACCUGGUGGUAAAUUCCAGUUGUAACUGUUUUGUGAAAAAUGAACUUAAAUUGGGGAGAAUGUUCUGUGCCCAACGCUGACAUCUCUUACUCUCUUGACUGAUAUGAGACACCAGAUUGUUAACAGCUAUGUCAUGUAUAACAUGUUUGUGUGUGUGGAGAGAGAUCGAGAGACUCUCUUUUCUCUUUAUACUUACAUGAAUUUUCUGUAUAUAUAUACUUGUAUAAUUUUUUAUUCAACCAAGAAUAUAUAUAUAUAUAUAUAUAUAAGUCAAAACAAGUCAUAUAAUGAUUUGAAUGGUUAAUUAUUCUUCGUAGACAUUUUUGCCUCUUUCAGGCUGUUCAGGCAAUAAAACUCUUGAAGUGUUCUACGAGAAUUGAGGCAUGUUAUGUUCAAUGUAAAUGUUGUGGGAUUUUACCUAAUUUUGAAAAAGAAAUAAAAUCAACUGUUGUGUACAAUUGAAGGUUAAAGGUUAAUCAACGUUUGUUUGAUAAUA